AUGGCCCACAUGUUCUCUCCCCAAACGGCCGAAGCAAUCAAGAGGCAUCCAAAAUACUACCUCAAUGGUGGUGACAUCCACUUCCUCGUGGAGAACUACAUCUAUCGCGUACAUCGCUACUUCUUCGAGCGUGAGUCGGCGUGGUUUAGGGAACGGCUGGGUUCCCCCUCCCCUCCUGGCCAGCCUAGCAAGGGCUCGUCGGAUGCGCAUCCCUUCGCGCUGGAAGAUGUGGAGGCGGACGCCUUCUCCAAGUUCCUUUGGAUUUUCUACAACCCCAAAUACUCGAUAUACGACGCUCCACUCGAUGACUGGCUUGCAAUUCUCAAGCUCUCUUACGACUGGAGAUUUGGUGAAAUCAAAAAGCUCUGCACACGCAAAAUCGAGACGUUCACCAUCGAACCCAUCCCCAAAAUCGAACUCUACCAGACGUACGAACUCGACAGACGCCUCCUCAUCCCCUCAUUCCUCUACCUGUGUAUGCGCCGCGAGCCUCUCUCCCUCAAGGAAGGUCGCACUAUCGGUCUCGAAACUGCUCUUUUGGUCGCGACGGCGCGUGAAUGCGCCCGUGGCAAGCCCAUGAACGGUGUCAGGAGCCCGACCGCGGCCAACCUCGAGGAGGACGACAUGGUCACUAUCAUCAAAGAGGUUUUUGGUCUUCUCGCCGGUCCUCCCUCGCCAUCCUUGGUUCCCCUCAACCGGUUGGCCGGCGUUUCCUCGUACAAGGGU